GUCAUCUAUAAUGAGAUCUGGUGCCCACUUCUGGCAUGCAGGCAUACAUGGAAAAAAUGUUGAAUACGUAAUAAAUAAAUAAAUUUAAAAAAUAUCUACCUAGAGUACACAAACAUCUUAAACUUGAAUUAUUUGGGGCUGAAGAGAUGGUUCAGAGCAAUUACUGUUCUCGCAGAGGACCCAGGUUCUAUUCCCAGUACCCACAUGGUAUCUCACAGCUGUCUGUAACUUUAAUUAUAGGGGUCCAAGUCCCUUUUCUGAACUUUUUGGGCAUCAGAUAUACACUUGGUGCACAUACACCAUGCAGGAAAAACAUUCACAUUAAAAAAUAACAAUAAAUUUGAUUAAAAAACAAAAAUGUCUCAUUUCAUGGAAAAUUUAAAAAAAAUGAUCUGUAUUAUUGAGUUAUAGACUUUGUUUUCUAGAUAUAAACCCUGGUACCCCAUACUGCUCUGUAAGAAAUAUCUCCUCGCCAGGACAACUAGGACUGUUACACAAAGAAACCCUGUUAUGAAAAACAAAUAAAAAAUAAUUAUCUCCUGUUUUAUGGGUUGUCUUUACACUCUAUUGCAAUGACAAUAUACUUCUUGUAUGUUAUUCAUUUUGAUAAAGUCCAGUUUACUACUUUUUCUUUUUGUCAUAUAUGUUUGAUCUCAUAUUUAAGGCUUUGCUUCACCCAACACUAUGAAGAUAUAACCCUAACUUUUCUUCUAAGAAGUUUAUAGUUUUAGCUGUAAAAUAUGUGUGGCCCAUUUUGAGUUAAUAUUUGUAUGUAUUAUGAGAAAGAAGUCUGUAUUAUAGUUCUCCGAGGAGACAGAAACUGUGGGAGACAGAUGCAGUUAUAGAGGCAUAGAUAGAGAGGGGAUUUGUUAGGCAAUUAGCUAACACAAUCAUGGAGACUGAAAAGUCCACCAGAAAACCAGGGAGGCUGUAGCCUGGCUCAGUCCAAGUCUGAAGGAGACUUGAGAACCAGGAAAACAGAUCAUGAAAGGCCUGGGAACCUGCUGCACUUGUCUGUUGGAAAUGUGAGUCCCAGAGACCAAAGAACUUGCAGUUCUGAAGUCUAAGGGCAGAGGAAAGACAUCCACUCCAGAGAAGAAGCGGAUUCUUCCAUAUUCCAGGUGAUUUGUUUCUUUCAUGCAGCCCCUGACACCUAACUAGAUGGUGCCUUGUGGGCAGAUAUGGUCCACUGAGCCCACUAGUUCAUAUGUGGAGGCUUCAGAAACACCCGUACAGAUAUCAGAUCUGCUCAGAGACAUCGUUUAAGUCAACGCUGUAAGAUGAAUGAGGACACUGGCACUGACUACUUAGCACCUUGGCAGCUGUCUCAGGUGGCUGAUGGUGGAGGUAUUGGAAUUGUAGAAGAGAGCAAGCACAUACAUUUGGCUAAAGGCGAUUUUGUGACUUCUUUUUAUUGGCCCUGGCAAACCAAAGCCAUUCUAGAUGGGAAUGGCCUUGAAAAGGUAGACCCACAACUUGUGGAUGGACAUCUUUCAUAUUUUCUUGGAGCUAUAGGUAUGCCUGGUUUGACUUCCUUGAUUGGGGUACAGGAGAAAGGUCACAUAUCUGCUGGAUCCAAUCAGACAAUGGUUGUCAGUGGAGCAGCAGGUGCCUGUGGAUCUUUGGCUGGGCAGGACGUCAUGGCAGCAGGAGCACUCAAGACACAGAAAGCAGCGAAUGCCUGCACACAGCUUGCUCUCUCCUGUGUAUUCAGUGAUGUGCCCCAGCCUGUGGAAUGGUACCCACCACAUUCGAUUGGCCACCUGCUUGGCUGUUCCAGAGUGGUGGGAAUUUGUGGAACACAUGAGAAAUGCCUCUUUUUGACUUCAGAACUGGGGUUUGAUGCUGCAAUUAACUAUAAAAAGGGGAAUGUGGCGGCACAGCUCCGAGAGUCGUGCCCAGCUGGAGUGGAUGUCUACUUUGACAAUGUUGGUGGCGACAUCAGUGAUACGGUGAUAAGUCAGAUGAAUCAGAACAGCCACGUCAUCCUGUGUGGUCAAAUUUCUCAGUACAAUAAGGAUGUGCCAUACCCUCCUCCACUGUCCCCUGCUGCAGAAGCAAUCCAGAAGGAGAGAAACAUCACAAGAGAGAGAUUUACCGUGCUAAACUAUAAAGAUAAGUUUCAGCCUGGACUUCUCCAGCUGAGUCAGUGGUUUAAAGAAGGAAAGCUAAAGAUCAAAGAGACUGUGAUAAAUGGAUUGGAAAACAUGGGAGUUGCGUUCCAGUCUAUGAUGACCGGAGGCAACAUCGGGAAGCAGAUUGUCUGCAUUUCAGAAGAUUUUUCUCUGUAGUCUGCGUAUCUUCAUCAAGGAAACCCUACAUUUCCUACUGUGCACAAAGAUUCUUAAGAUACAUUUAAAAAAAUAAUCUUACAGUACACAUAGUUCUUAAUUUAAGUGUAAUUGUAAUAUUUUUAGUUAAAUAACCUUCUUAUUUUCAAUAUCAUAUAUUAACUAUAUAUCUAACUUGUGAUUGUUAACCAUAAUACAAUGGUUCUCAACCUGUAGGUUGUGACCCCUUUGGAGUCACUACCAGAUAUCCUGCAUAUCGGAUAUUUACAUUACAAUUCAUAACAGUAGCAAAAUUAGUUAUGAAGUUGCAAUGAAAUAAUUUUAUGGUUGUAGGCCCCACAAUGUGAGGAACUGUGUUAAAGGGUCACAGCAUCAGGAAGGGUGAGAAGCACUGCCACAAUAGAUUUGGUAUCAUCUGUUUUUCUCUAUUUUAUUUUUGAGACAGGGUCUCAAAUAUGAAGUCCACACUGGCCUCGUACUUAUGAUUCUUGUGGCCUGUCUCCUGAGUGCUGGGAUCACAGGCAUGUACCACUAUACCUGACUUAUUUUCCUUGUAAUAAUAACUAGUAAUAAUAAUUAUUUUGGAGAUGGGUCUGUUAGUGUAGCUCAGGCUGGACUGAUUCCUGAGGUUCCCCACUGCCAAUUAUCUCUGGGGUUACAGGCACGUGUUACUCACUAUACUCAGCUAAUUUUGUUUGUUAAAACUCUUGUUACAUAUAUUUGUAUCAAAUAUUUAAAAACUUCUGGAUAGUUAAUACAACUGUUAAUGGAUCAUAUGUAGGCAUAUCUUUAAGUUAUUUUUAAAACUGGGUGAACACUCUAAUUCUAAGGUCAGAAGCAGUUAACAUCUGUUGAACUGGGGAAAUUUUUAACAUUAUUCUUAAAGUGAGAGUAUUAGAAUUGCGAUGGGCUUUCCAUAUUUCAUAUGGAAGAGAGACUGUAAAAGUCUUUAUGUACCUAUGUGUCUUGUCUGUCUGUACACCACAUGCAUGCCUGAUGCCUGCAGAGACAGAAUAGGGCAUUGAAUCCCUUGGCACUGGAGAGAGUUUUGAGCCACCGUGUAGGUGCUGGGUUCUUGAGUGCAGGUCCUCUGGUAGAGCAGCUGCUGAGCUAUCUCCCCAGCCUGCCCAAAGAGGGACUUUUCAUGGUAAGCACAUAGGGUUGGGGGCAGCAUUGGGAGUAUCAGACUGAGGAAGAGAAGUUUUGGGUUGGGAGUGAUAUGAAAAGAUAAAUAACGUCAGUUGAGUUGAUGAGAGACUCAAUAGACCAGAUUUACACCCAGAAGACUUGUGUUCUCCCAAAUUACUAUGUAGCAAGCCUAACAAAAGCUUGUGUUUACGUUAGGAAUAUUUUUUUUAGAUAGUCUGUUAUGUAGCUUGCUAUGUAAUUCUGGCUGCCCUGGAAUUUACAGAUCUCUAGCUGCCUGUCUACCUCUGGAGUGCUAGUGUUAAAGGUCCGCACUUUGGGAACCUUUGGAGGGCAAGUAGGUAUAAACAUCACUGAGAAUUUUAUUGGUUAAAGUGGGUUGGGGAAGUUAUCAGGGCAGAACACUGUUCAGUAUUCUAGGGGCCUUAAUUCCCAAUAGCAAUCCCCACUCCCCAACUCGCCCCAAGUAAAAAAGCUUCAGAAAGUGGUGGUGGUGGUGGUGCACGCCUCUAAUCCCAGCACUUGGGAGGCAGAGGCAGGUGAAUCUCUGUGAGUUAGAGGCCAACCUGUUUUACAAAAGCUAGUUCCAGGACAGGCUCCAAAAGCUACAGAGAAACCCUGUCUCAAAACAAAAAAACAAAAAACAACAACAAAAAAGGCUUCAGAAAAUGAUAGGACAAAGUAAACUAACCAAUGGUUGUAGACAUGAAUAUUCCACAUAUAUUGAUGUUUUUAUUAAUUGUAACUCAACCUUUAGAAAAGCAAAAUUGAAAAUGUUUUCUAAGUGUGAUUUAAGACACUUUUUUACACAGCCAAUGUAUUUUAUAGGUGACACUUCCAAUAAAUACAUUCAAACUGUA